AUGUCGCCGAAACCACCUCCCAAUUCUGCAAAUUUUACUUUUCUUCAACGAUUAUCUUCAGCACUUUUCUAUGGUAUUUGCUCGGGUCUCAUUACUGUCGUAAAUAAACUUGUGCUCACAUCAUAUGGAUUUCCUUCAUACCAGCUUCUUGCGAUCGGACAGUUACUUGUAUCUAUUAUCGUGCUCUAUGUUGCUCGUCUGUUCAAUGUAAUAAACUUUCCUUCAUUCUCCAUGAAUACUACCAAGAAGAUCAUGCCAUUGCCUAUCUUCUUUUUCGGCAAUCUAUUAUUUGGUCUUGGUGGUACGCAAGCAGUGAGUUUACCCAUGUUCACCGCAUUACGUCGUUUUUCGAUAUGGAUGACAAUGAUAGGCGAGCAAUUUAUUUUGAAAGAAAGAUUACCAUUGAUCGCUCAAGCAAGUGUUUAUCUGAUGGUUAUUGGUGCUCUGAUUGCUUCCGGAGAUGAUUUGACCUUCAAUUGGUUUGGUUAUACGUUUCUUACUGUGAAUAAUCUUUGUACUACGGCUCAAGGUAUCGUGAUGAAACAAAAGCUCGUCAAUAAAGAUUUUAAUCAAAAUGGUCUUCUCUUUUAUAAUUCAUUUAUCGUUCUCGUACCACUGAUUGUCGUAGUUUUGUUAACCGAAGAUCUUCAUAAAGUAUGGAACUACGAUGGAUAUACAGACCUUGGCUUCGUCUUUACCUUUCUUCUUUCAUGUCUAAUGGGCUUUUUGCUCAAUUACUCGACAAUGUUAUGUACGAAUUACAAUUCAGCUCUAACGACAACGGUUGUUGGUGCUUGUAAAAACUUAUUUGUUACCUAUUUUGGAAUGUUUAUCGGUGGAGAUUAUGUCUUUUCACUAGUAAAUUUUAUCGGACUUAACAUUAGUGCACUUGGAAGUUUAAUCUAUACUUGGAUGACAUUUACCCGUCGAUCGUCGUCCCCUAAAAUAUCGACAACACGAAAAGAACAAUGA